GAUAGUAUAGUACUAGUCUACCAAUUCUUUAUAGUUAGUAUUGAGAUGUUUCGAAGAUUCAUUGUUCUCCUUGCGUUAUGCGCCACUCUUUGUUCUCAAGCAAACACAAUGCCAGCGGGGGAAGAGUACACCGGUCAAGGCCAUUGCGAGUACAGGGGUCAGACCUACAUUGAGGGACAAAAGUGGUCAGAGGGAUGUGAAUUAAAUUGUGUCUGCGAAAACUCCUUCACUGGCUUUUUCUCGUGUGAUAAAAAGCCUAGCUGCAAAGUGACCCAAACAUCGAUACCCCCGGGAUGCCACUUAGAAGUAGACCCAAAUGACCAUUGUUGUCGCGUUCCCGUAUGCAAAGAUGUCAUCGGCCGCUGAGUGCUGAUGGUUUUUGUCUUCUAUGACUACGGCCAUCUCAGUGUUAACGAAUUUAAAAUUAGCACAUGAAGUUUUCAGAAGAAGAAAGAAUGGCAUACUUUAUUUUGAAAAGUUUUGGUUGGUUUACUAUGUACGUUUGCUGACAUCAACCAAUGUUUUAUUUGUAAAAAGAACCAACAAAUAAAUAAGUAU